CAGGAGUGAAUAUUCAAUUUAUGCAGUAUGGUUUUAGAAAAAAUAUAAUGAAAGUUGAAAAAAUAAAGCAGCUUAAGUAAUUAUUUUACAACUCAAUCUCGGCAAUGACAUCACAAUUUUGUAAACUACAGCUAACAAUACACAUAAAGUGGAAAAAACGGAUGUAUUAAACACCGAGCUGAAAUGUAUACGACCAAUUUGCGAGUAGGAUUUUUGCAUAACCCUCGUAAACCUUGCAGUAGUUUCACAUGAGCUGCAAAUUCACAAAACGAAUUUGUACGCUUUGGAUGGUCUAACAGAUGCAAUUUACAGAAUUGCGACAUUCGUUUUUGGUGCAGAGUUACGGAAUUGCAAAGUUAGUCGCGUGUCUUUUUUUUUUUUUUUUUUAACCACGGCCGUGCUCGACCUCUAGCUCGAACGCCCCCGUGUCUCACCGUAGCCUUUUCUGUGCACCGCGAGCGUCGACCCAUAGGUGCAGCUCGAGCCGGUUCCGGGUCGCAGUCUGAAUCUGUAGGAACGCCGCAGUAUAGAUGCACCUUGCUCACGCAGUCGCAGCGUGAUUGGCGACAUUUAGCAAAGCGCGUUGCUCACGCUGCUGCGUGCCCUGGCAUUGCUUGCACCGCGUGGCAGUUGCGCCCCGGUCGGCGCACGGCGGAGGGACGCGGGCUUCGUUUCGACCACGCGCGCCCGCGGAAAUCGCGUAUACUUGUCGCUCCUAUUUAGGCAGCAUUUAGGACUGGCGCCUGCGCCACGUGAGCGGUCUCGCCCAGCUAGAUAUCAAGCGGCGCCACUGUAGUUGUACAAAGUAUUACGAAACGUUUUGAUUGAGAACACCUGCCUUGCUUGCGCUCACGAUGACGAUAAAAAAAAAGAAGAUUGUUUUAGCGAUAAAUUUUCGGCUACAAAAUCGUGGCUGAAUUUUCCGUCAAAUGAAUUUCGUGCCGAAACCUUAGCGCUGGUAAGCCAGUGUGGCGUCGAGGACUUCAGCGUAUCGCCGCCUUUGGCGCAGGACAAGUUCUUAAACCUUGCUGGGUUGUCAUAUGCUUUCCUAGCGUACGGUUUCGUCCUGCAUUGCCUUCUUUAUUCUCUAACGGAAAUACUUAACUAGACCCGGGAUAAGACAGUGCCAAAAUCAGUGACGCCAUGCGAGCUGGCGCGCGAAGUGCAGAUCGGCGGCACCAUCCAUCUUUUGGUUCUGCGUCUCUUUUUCUCCCUCUCUUACCAAGCCUCGUCUUAAGGUGAGAGUGGUCAUUUUGGUGUUGGAGAGGGGUACUCAAUUAGCGACCUAGCCCGAAUUAGUAUUUCUGCUUAGCGUAUCUUUAAGAACCUUGUUGUCCCAUUUCCGAGAGAAACGAGUAGUAUUGUAUCGCUUCUGUGCCUGAUGCAGGUCGCAACACAAACGCCCAGUAAAACUCCGGAUACACAAGCGGAGCAGAAUAUUAUGGCAGAACCGGCUGCUGCUUUCAAUCUCACCCUGGCUGAACGAGGAGGUUCGACAGAAGCUUCCUUCGCGAGCGCACGUUUCGACCACCUGCUACGAUGUACGGCAACGCCUGAGAGCACAUGUCAACUUCAGGAUCACCUUUCGAAGGUCAAUGACUUGCUAAUUUACGCUAAGUUGGAAUUGCGGGAACUGCCGGCACUGUGCGGGCAGCUAGGGCUAGUGAGCCUGGAGGAGAAGUACCUGUAUAUGCCCUGGGGGCAGGAAAGUAUAUUCCACCAAGCAAUAGCGCUUGCUUACCAGAUUCUGAAGACGCACCCGUGCGUACUGCACGCCCACAUUGGCCGGGAUAUAUUCUCGUCGAAUGGGCUGCUAAUUUGCGACGCCCUCAAAUUCAGCCGUUCCACUAGGCUACUGAAUAUCGACUUCAGAGGGCCUGUCGUUAAUCAGAAUCUCGGCGACGUCUUCUGUUCUUUGAAACAACUGGAGGAAUUGGAAUGUGUGGCGCCGGGGUUAAGCGACGAACUGUCAUCUGCUCUGUCGACUGUUGUUCGCGUCAGCACAUCGCUGAUGUCUCUCAAGGUUCCAGAGCUGUGUAUGACAGGCAGCACGGCAAGGGCGUUCAUCGCAGCUCUUAAAGAAAAUACAACGCUGAAAGAGCUGUCAAUCCACGGUUCUGUUAUACGCGAAGCUGGACCGGACGAGUUCGCGCAGUACCUGAGGGACAACACCUCGCUGACAAAACUGAGCGUAACAUCAGACGGCGCCGAUAGUCGAAACUCCUCUAACUGGAUAGCUGAAGGCCUCCCCUACAAUAAGGCGAUCAAGACCGUCAACCUGAACAACAUUCAGUUUGACCAAGAGAACGCCAGACUGGCAGCGAGGACUUUCACGGAAAAUCGAGUUAUUCGAAGCUUCAACUUAGUUUUGUGUUCGCAACCUUUGUUUGAGCCGAGCAUAGACUACAACUCCUGGUAUGCCCCAUUAUACAACAGCGAGACGUUGGAAGAACUCAGCCUUCCUAUGUUCAUCUGGAACUCGGCGCAGUGGGUGGAAUUCUUCUAUAUCGCUUCGAGAAAAGACACUCUAAAAAAAUUGAGCAUUUCCGACCUUGCCACAGCUAAUCGUGACAUGCACGUGCUGUGCAAAGCACUCAAAGAAAGCGGAGCCGAAGAGAAAGUCUCGUUCGGAACCUACUUCGUCGACAGCAACUUGGAUUUGAUUUACUGUAAGGCAUUCUCGGACGUGGAUCUAUCCUGCAGCCCCAUUAUUGUAGGAGAGCUCUCAUGUGCCUUGCAGAAAUUUAUGCACAUAACAUCCGUGCAAAUGUAUAUGAGGCUGGGUGAUGUGGAAACCGUUUGGGCGGUUGCUGCGUGCGUAGAAGCUGCGAAGUUCCUCCGGAAACUGAGGCUGAUUAUGUGGUCGCACUAUGACGACCCGAUCGAAGAUAUGAACGCAUCUUGGACAAAGAUAGUCGAGUCGCUUUCCAGGAACACGAGCAUCAAGGAGCUGGACGUGUAUGUUCUUACCACCUGCAGUAACAGCGGUAACGGCCACGUGCCAGACCAACACCGAGUCGAGCGUCUCGCUGAAGUUAUCAAGUCCAGCCGGACCAUACGCAGAGUCUCGCUAGGCGCCGGCGAACCAGGCGUGGUCACCGCCGUGCUUCGGCGUUUAUCUGAGGAUAUCGCAGACAACUACAACCUUGUCCAGGUCGACUUGUACGAAUUACUGGACACAGAAGCGGCGCGGACCUACUACAACGUUUGCGGCACGGUGCGUCGAAACUGCGGCCUGGUGACACGCGCGGCGCAGUUCGCCAGAGGACGUACACUGGACAGGCACUGCGCCCAAGCUUUAGAACGGGUCUGGCGCCAUGGCGGACUGCUCGAAGAGCUCGCCGAGCAGCUGUCCCUUAGCGUGGACGACACCUCUGCCAUUGUAAGACGUGGGCUGAGGAACAUGGAAGGCUUACACGACUUCAUGCGGCUCGCCCGCGUCGUCCGGGACCGCGUCGAGUGCAACCCCUGCCAGGACAGUGGCCCUCAACUUGACAACCUCAACGAGGACUGCUGGAGGCUGAUUCGUCGCUACCUCAUGCUAGAGGACGUCAGGCAGCACGCCGAGUCCGCGAUGCUUAUUCAGUGAUCACAGGGUUUUUGAGGCCAAUUUGACAGGCCAGUGAAUA